AUGUCUCGAUACCUUCCCACCAACUACUAUGCAUCCAACUCAGAGUCCAACUGGCUUAAUGCUAUUACCGUCCAAAAUAGGGCGUUUUAUGAUCCACGGACAUAUGAAUGCCAUAAUACCUCGCUCACCCCCAUCAUCCAUCGCAAAUUGAGUGAGAGGAAUGUGGCCUGGCUCCCUGGUAUCCGUAGUGACCCGGAGCUUGUCAGAAAAUGGGCCGACAUCAACUUCGUCAUCAUCAGAUAUGAAGGAACAAUGUUGCCCGUUCCAUACGACGACAUUGCGACUGUCGAGUACGAGUUUGAGUGCGAGCUGUACAAUGGAUUUGUCCCGGAGCAUCACCGCUCCGUAUCCGAGUAUUCUGAAGAAGAGGAAUAUGAAGAUUCUUGCGACUAUGGCAAUCAGCUUCCACCAAGAUACUACAGUCAGGAUAAUCUGAAGAGGCUGCAGCUGUCACAUCAGCCAGCUGCAAAGAUGCAAUAUCACCUGCAUCAAACAUAUCCCCAGACUCCGAAAGUCGUUGAGUUCCCGACCUUUCAAGACAGUGUGAUAUAUACUCACUCAAACAUCACUGUGUCUUCCACUUUCCUUUCGGAAGAGGAACUCAAUAUCGCUGCGAAGCAAAAUAUGAAUUAUCUUUUUGGAACCCGCAAUAUGGAAUUCAACUCGUUUGAUGAGGAGUUCGAAGCACUGGAAGCCCUCAAGACUUGA